GCAGGCUCCCUUUCUUUUUUGUUAAAUUUUAAUGCCGAAGUUAGUAACAUGGCGCUUUAUUCUAAAAAGCUUUUCCUAUUGUUCGUGCUACUAAAUAUUACGAUAAUCCGCGCAGAGAACGCAGAGGAAAGCGUGGAAGAGCCUACGGAAAAUAGCCACACGGAGAAGCCAACAGAAGCGAACGAGGUUAAUCCCGAAGAGGCACCCCGAACAGACGAGUCUCGUGAGCAUGCCAGUGGCUCAAUAUGCGGGUAUUGUUCCUAUUGCAAGUUUUGUAAGUUGUGCGAUAAAGAUUGCCCAUGUGAGAAAAGUAAAUCAAAACCAAACUGUCACUUAUGCAAGUAUUGCAAAUAUUGCUAUUUAUGUUCAGCCAUAUGCGAAACUGUCUGUCUCCCAGGUGGCUUUGUAGAUACAGUUUCAUCUGCCCUUUGGAAUUCACUGCCAACAUUUGAUAGCAAAAUGAAAGAGUCUGUAGACAAGGACAUAGAGUCGGCUAAAGAUUGGAUCAAAGAUUACUUGUAGGUUUUGAACAUUUCGAAGAAGAUAGAAAUCUUGUAAUUAUGACACUUUAAUGUGAUAUUUAUGAUUUAAUAAAAAAAUUUUAAAUAA